AUGUCUGCGCACCACAAGAAGAAGCUUAUGCCCAAGUCGGCAUUGCUGAUUAGAAAGUACCAAAGGGGGAUCAGAGCAUCCUUCGUCGGGUUAAUCCUGGUGUUGUCCAUUUUGUUCCUGAUGAGUGGCUCGAACUCCCCAGAGGCGCUAAUAACUCAGGGCACUAGCAUGAGCCAAGUGGCCAAGAAGGACUACUUGAUGCCGUUUACUGACAAGUCACAAGGUGUUAUCCAUCCUCUGGACGACGGCAAAAAGGAAAAGGCCGUGAUGGUCACAUUAGCCAGAAACUCUGACUUAUGGAAUUUGGUAAAGUCCAUCAGACAUGUUGAAGAUAGAUUUAACCACAGGUAUCAUUACGAUUGGGUGUUCUUAAAUGACGAGCGAUUCAGCGAUGAGUUUAAGCGCGUGACCACUGCGCUGGUUUCUGGUAAAACCAAGUAUGGGCUGAUUCCAAAAGAGCACUGGUCCGUUCCAUCUUGGAUCGACACCAAAAAAUUUGAAGAGAAGAGACACGAAAUGGGUAAGUCGGAUAUUCCGUACGGUGAUUCUGUGCCUUACCGACACAUGUGUCGUUUCCAAUCUGGAUUCAUAUGGAGACACCCAUUGCUAGAUGAUUACGAAUGGUUUUGGAGAGUAGACACCGAUAUCACAUUAUUCUGUGACAUUCAGUACGAUAUAUUCAAGUUUUUGAAACAAAACAACAAGAAAUAUGGGUUCAUUCUUUCCGUAAGCGAAUACGAAGGUACAAUUCCAACAUUAUGGGAAACAGUAAAGACGUUUGUUAAAAAAAACCCAAAAUUCUUGAACAAGAACAACCUCAUGAAAUUCAUCUCCAAUGAUGAUGGUGAGACAUACAACAUGUGCCAUUAUUGGACCAACUUCGAAAUCGGCUCUUUAGACUUCUUCAGAUCGGAUGCGUACACUAAAUAUUUCGAUUACUUGGACGAGUCAGGAGGAUUCUUCUACGAAAGAUGGGGCGAUGCCCCAGUGCAUUCUAUCGCUGCCUCUUUGUUUUUAGACAAAUCAGAGAUCCAUUUCUUUGACGGUCUUGGAUUCCACCAUCCAGAUUUCAUGUCUUGUCCCGUCGAACAGGAUAUUAGACUACAAAACAAGUGUACUUGUGAACCAGGCAAAGACGUUACCUGGUACCCUAGCUACUUCUGCACUAGAAAGUACUUUUCGGCAGGGAAUUACAAGCUUCCCCCCGGAAUCUGA